AUGUCACUUCGUCGAAGUUCUGGGUUUGUCCGCUAUGCCAUUUCUUGUCAGUAUCAUGGCUCAUCGUUCUUAGGUUUUGUUUAUCAAGGAAACCAAGAAGACCAAAUAAAUCAGCAUGGUACAGACUUGAGAGGCUAUCGUUCAGUGGAGGGCCGGAUCCGAGAAGCCUUGGAGGAUUUCUUGGGGUCGUCUGCAGAUUACGAAAACAUUCAAGUGAGCUCACGUACCGAUCGUGGUGUUCAUGCUCUGAAGAAUACCUUUCAUGUGGACAUUCUACAUUCGAAUUCGAGUGCGAUAAAAACGCAAGAGGAAAUGGAACGACGAUUGCGACGGGGACUGAAUUAUCAUCUCGGCCGGCAAGUAAGUUCUUGGGACCGUGAUCAACACUUCCAAAAAAGAAAACGACAACGAAGCAAAGUUCCUGCGAACUAUACGUACUUUUCUGAUUCCUAUUGGGCUCGAUACUCUGCCAAUGACGAACUCAAAAUAUUGUCGGUCAAGCAGGCUCCAGAUUUCAUGGACAAUCCAUAUUCCAAGCAGGAUACUUCACAACCACCCACUGUGGACUGGAAUGCAAGAUUUAGUGCGACAGAGCGAACCUACGUGUAUCGUCUUUUGUGCUAUCCGAGUCAAGACGGAAACUGGAGUGUACCUUUCGAAUGGGAUAGGAGUUGGCGAAUCCGUUCUCGAUCCAUGAACUAUGAAGCAAUGCAAGAAGCGGCCCUAUCCAUGGAAGGAACGCACGAUUUCUCUAGCUUUCGCGCAUCUAAAUGUAUACGAAAAUCGCCAGUUGUGACAAUGAAGUCGAUCAAGGUCCACUCCCAGCCCUAUGGGCCUUGGAACAUAUUGGGCGGCGAUCAAGGACUGUGGACAGGUCAAGAUGGAUUAGAUAGCGACUAUCCCAUUCCUCAGCUUGUAUCGAUACGGAUUGUAGGAAAUUCAUUCUUGUAUCGGCAAGUUCGGAACAUGGUAGGCUGUUUGGCUCAAGUUGGCACAGGUAAAAUCGACCCUGGAGACAUCAAGGGGCUCUUGGAACAAAAAGAUAGACGGAAAGCACCAACUAUGGCACCUGCGCAUGGGCUAUUUUUGGCGGAUGUGAAGCACGGCGAUUUUCACCUCUAG